AUGGCAUGGGAAGCAUUUUAUGUAUCAGAUUUUUUAUUUGCUCAAUCUAAUCGACGAGAUCUACAACCAUUACAUCCACAAAUUAAUUAUAAUCGUUUUCCUCAUAAUAUCGAUUCAAAUAAUAUACCUCGUCUUGGUCUACAUCAAUUGCCAUCAAUAUGUUUAUUUACAUUAAAAGCUACAAAACAACCUGAAUACGGUCAUAGUGGUCCCAUUGAUCUCGUUGAAUUUCAUCCAAAUUCAAAUUAUUUAGCAUCACCACAUAAUGAUGAUACAAUUCAUUUAUGGAAUAUUCAUAAUUAA